CGGACUUGGAGGGCCUAUGGGAGGACCUAGCGGUGGUGGCACUGGCCCAUAUACAGCAGAAUACUCAACUGACCCAGGUCUACCUAAACAUACUAUCUAUCUUCCUAAGGAGAUUCCCGCAGAUCUAAAGCUGCCUGUACUCGUUUGGGGAAAUGGAGGUUGUAUGGGCGAUAGUACCGCGUUCGAAGGAGCUCUAACCGAAUGGGCUUCCCAUGGUUUUAUGGUUAUUGCCAAUGGUAGUCCAGGCGGUUCCGGUCAGACCACAUCGGAAAUGUUACUCCAAUCGAUCGAGUUUAUCACUCAGAACGCUGGACAAGGGAAAUAUGCUAAUGUUGAUACGAGAAAAAUUGCUGCUGCAGGACAGAGCUGCGGUGGUCUCGAGGCAUACGAUGUCGCCCCCGAUCCUCGCGUCUCGGCUAUUGGAAUUUUUAACUCUGGAGAAUUCAGCGACUCAGCAUCAAAACAAACAGUCGCUCAACUGCACCAGCCCGUUUUCUUUUUCCUUGGUGGUUCAUCGGAUAUCGCCUAUGAAAACGGCGAACGUGACUUUAAAAACCUACCUAGCAAUGUUCCAUCAUGGAAAGGCAACCUCCCUGUUGGCCAUAUGGCGACCUGGUCGGAGAAGGACGGUGGCAAGUUCGGGGUCGCGGGCACCAACUGGUUAAAGUGGUUGCUGAAAAGUGAUCAAGAAGCAGCGCAAUGGUUCACUGGCGGCACUGCCGAACAAGCAGGGUGGGACGUAGAGGCAAAGAACUUGGAAAGCAUCUAGGUCGACGCGAAGAAUCAGGG